GCGGUUCGGAGUCUCGGCAGCCGCAGGUCCUGGCAGCUAAGAGGCAGGCACGCAGGUCCUGGCAGGAAACGGCGGCAAUGCGAGAUGGAGUCGCCAGCGUCGGGGGAAGGUUCUGGAGCAGCAGGAGAGCUCGUAGCUGGGGAGCCUAGGUCUGCGUCUCGGGGGUCCCUGGGAGCCGCCAGGUGGAAGCUACUCCGGCAGGUUCUGAAGCAGAAACACUUGGAUGAUAAUCUACGACAAAUAUCUGUAAGAAGAUUUGAAUCCUUUAAACUGUUUUCAGUAACAGAAAUAAAAAAGAGGAAAACAGAAGAUGAGGCUGAUACCUGGGUUAAGUAUACAAGUGUGUUUUAUCCUGAAUACAGUAUUUCUUUAAGGAAUAAUCAAGGAUCUAUAAAUGUUGAAGAUAUUUUUACCAGUUUUGACAACACAGGGAAUAUCUGUAUCUGGCCUUCUGAAGAGGUUCUGGCCUACUACUGCCUCAAGCACAAUCAGAUGUUCAGGGACCUUGCUGUGUGUGAGCUAGGGGGUGGCUUGACAUGCUUGGCUGGGCUCAUGGUUGCUAUUUCUGCAGAUGUCAAAGAAGUUCUGUUAACUGAUGGGAAUGAAAAGGCCAUCAAAAAUGUGAACGACAUCAUCAAAAGGAACCAGAAGGAAGGUGUAUUUAAGACUCAAGCAAUAUCAAGCUGCGUUUUACGAUGGGAUAAUGAGACAGAUGUCUCUCAACUGGAAGGACAUUUUGACAUUGUUAUGUGUGCUGACUGCCUGUUUCUGGACCAGUACAGAGCUAGCCUUGUUGAUGCAAUAAAGAGAUUACUCCAGCCCAAUGGGAAAGCGAUGGUAUUUGCCCCACUCCGAGGGACUACUCUAAACCAGUUUUGCAAUCUAGCUGAAAAAGCUGGUUUCUCUCUCCAAAGACAUGAAAAUUAUGAUGAACACAUUUCAAACUUCCACUCCAAGGGCUUUGGUUAUACUGCACCCACCUUCUGCAACCACCUUGCUCUGGAGCCAAUCUGCAGGAGGUGGUGGAUGCUCUGAAAACACUGGCUUUGCAUCUGUCCCAAGUAUGGGGAGGAGAAAACAAAACCCAGCUCGCCACUCCUGCCUCUCUCGGACCUUUUGCUAGCUACGGAAGGCACUGCCCAGCUGGGCGGCUCAAACGUGUCCAGAUGUGAGGUUGGCAAAUUGUUGAGUGGCACAGAGCUCUGACUUAGGAAAUGGCUGGAAAUGUUGUCAGCUUGAAAUUUUAUUAAUAAAAAUCGCCUCAUUCAUGAAAAUCGCUUUUAAAAUGCCAUUUCCUCUCAAGCAUUGUUUUUUUUUUUCUCUAUUUAAAACUACCUGUGUUGAUUUAUUUUCUCUCUGUGUGUAUGCAUGUGCUCACACACAUGUGUGCACUUGGUAAUGAAAAUAGUCUCUGGCUCUGUGGUAAAGUCAGGACAUUGUGUCAAAAGAACGGCCAUAUUGCAUUUCUGCUUAUCUAUUCAAAAUGCCACAUUAUAAGUGGCUGGUGCUCAGAAUCUGUGUGGUGUGCUGUUGAUAAUUGUGGAUACUGUAAAGGGUAAACAGUAUGAACUCCACUCCUGCGGCAGCUAUUCACAGGGUAAGGCUGAGUGUGUUACAUCCAAUUAUGAAGUAAAGCAUAAUGCUACUAAUAGCAGCUAUGUAAUUUAGUUCAGUCCUCAAAGACCUUGCUUUAACCUGCAAAAUUGAAAAAUUGUUUUAUUCACAAUUUGCUUUUUGUUCAUUUUUUUUAAAAGGUGCCUUUUCAUUUCUUAAAAUUAUAAUUAUUAAUUGGGCACAGAAAUAUAGCUUUGAUACAUGGAAUUACUCUUAAGCCACAUAACAUUCCCCACCGAAGCAGGUAUUUUUCUAACUGUUUUGUGUGUGUUUCAAGUACCCUGAUGCUAUAGUCUUGACACGUUCAUGAUCUGGUGACAGGUUAUAAUAUUUUCUUGGAGGGUUCCCUCCUCCUCCAUCGCCGGAAGGGCUCACAUAUGGCAUUGAACUGGACCUACCCCCUUCCAGGAAUGAAGCCUCCGUUUUGGCCUGCAGAGGUCAGCACAGAAUCCAAGUUAAAAGUGGUUUCUAGUCCAUAUUUACAGAAGAAUUAUUUAUCCCACAUAUUACCUCAGGGACUUUAUAAAGAGCUCAUUUGAGUCUCUCUCUAUUAGUACAUUGUGAGUGAGUAGGUCAGCUGAUUCAAGCUGAGUAAUCAACUUUCCUUUAUCCCCACUCCCUGAGGAAAGAAUUCAGCUGCCUUUGCCCCCCUCUACCCAGUGUAAAGCAUUUGGGGGGAAUUCCCUCUGUCACUCUCCUAAGUUGGGGGCAAGUAGGAUAAGAAAUGUUUGGACAUAGUAGGUCCUGACUGGUGAUUUUGCUAUAGGAAAUCUGUGAGUUCAUUUAUCUACUAUUCCUCUAAGAAUGAACAAAACGGGGAACUGAGAUUAAAAAAAAAUAAAGAUUAAAAGAAAACUAUGUUGGGGUGACAAGAAUCUAUAAAGACCUUUCCAAAUUGAUAAUCUUCUAGGAAAUGAAUUGAAGUUACUUUAGUGAUUAUGCAACCAAUACCUCGAUAAAGUAGAUUAGAAAGAAAAAACUAAAUCAGCUUUUCCCCCACGCAAAGAGAAAAGUGUGUUAAUUAAUGAGGGGCCCAAAGCUUCGGGAGCCACUUCCCAGCUAAGAACUAUGCUCUAGAGAAGGUCUACAUUCCAAUUACAUUUACAGUAACCUCUCCUACACGAACUCAUAUUUUAUUUUUGGGGAAUGGGGAGAAAGCAGAACUAAGCUGCUCUAUUUUAGAAUGGAGGUGGUGUUUGUAUACCAAUCCCUAAAUUAGUUUAUUUUCCAAUUGAAAAUAUUAUGCAGGGUGUCCUUAUCCCCCAUCACUUUUAAAAAAUAAAAUAUUUAACAAGUAUUUCUUAAAAAUCCAAUCAAAGGUCUCAGAUUAAACACUCAAAAAAAUAUGAGUUUGCUAUUUAUAACAUACAAAAUAUCUUUUACCAUUCUGGCAAAUUAAGGAUAUGUUCAUUCUAGAUUUGUCAGUCUUUUAAAAAAAUUUUUAAUUUAUUAUGGAAGCUUGAUGAAGCUUGACCUAAAGAGUUGGUGCUCUGUUUUCCUCUGAGAAAGGAGUUUUUGAAUUUCACAUCAUUAAUUUAAAAAUAAAUAAAUAGCAAACUCUUCAGGAGCAGCUACCCUGCCCGAUAUAUGAGCCCAGACAAACCUUGUUGUGUCGAGGCAUUGCCAGGGUCUGGUAAUGUCUAGCGAUCUCUAGCACAAUGGGGUGGGGAGGAGGAUGGAGCUUCAGCAUCAUUACACAUAGCUUGGUCUAGGGCUGGUAAGUUAACCUCCUGGUGAAAAACUUCACACUUUCUGGUGAAAUCCUUGGGUAAUAUCAUUAACUUCCUGAGUCAGUAAUUUGUUUUUGGAUUUUUUUUUGUAAAAUGCUGUUUGUGUCCUGAAAAGUGCUGUUCAUAAAAAAUUACUAAUGAUUCAUAUCUUCAUAAUGCUGUCAUUGGGUUUCCAGAGUACUAAAAUUAUGUUUGCUUUUAAAUUGUGUAUCAGACAGUGGAUGCUUAGGGAUUGAUAUUUUUUCAUAAAUGGUACAUUUAUGAUCUAGAUAAGAGGUUAGUUAUUAUCUAUAGAUUAAAAACUCAUCUUUUUAUUUUUUAA